UAUGUACUACCAAGCUGGUUAGCGUCUCAACACAAUACGUCACCACGGUAACCUACGCGGUGGCCUGCUUCCUGGUCUAAAGCUGGCUAUGUUCGGGGAUAAGGGAUCAGAGCUGAUAAAAACACUACUGACCAAUCAUCAGAGCCUAUCAAAGCCCCGCCCACUGUCCAAUCAAAAGACAACCCUGUUCAUUGACAAGCCUGAAGACUUAUCGCACAUCUUCAGUAUUUGGCCAGGUUGAUCCUAGGUUGAAGUCAAACAGGCCUCAGAUCUGCUGAUGAAUAAACCUUACCAAAUCUAAUGUACUUCUUCCCUGAGAUCAUAUUUCUCCUCUUUUGUAGAGAAGUAUUGGCUUUAGCUAAUUGCUUAUUUUUAGCCUUAUGCAUUAUUUUAGCUGUUUGAAGAUGAACUAUAUCAGCAAGUUGAAGUAUUUGUGAUUUUAGAAUUUAGAAAUAUUGACGGUGUAGCUCCUCAGUCAUCCAGGUCAUAGUAGUCCGUGAAGCUUGAGUGGUGGAAACUUGAUGAUUCAAUCCAAAAAGGCAAUUUUUGAUGUGGAGUUUCCCUAUAUAUGUCCUUUUGUGAAGAAUUAGUACAAGCCCUCUUCCCGUGUAGGAAAUGUUUGUGGAAAACUCUACAGUGGAGAAAGCUGAGACAUUCACACGAUUCAUCGAAGGAAAACAUGACAAUCGGUUCUCCAUUUUAAGUUAUGUGGGGAAACACCGUUCUCCUCUUCACCGAUUCUUGUCUGAGGACCACAAGACAAGAGUACGAUCACACUUUGGAGGUGUCAUUCUUUCCUCUGCCACAUCAGUCAAGUCGUGAGAAUAAGGUCAAGAUUCACCACUCGUCUUUACUGGUUAUGAUGAUGACUCGUGUAUCAGGAACCUAUUUGGACAUCACAUCCUUGUAUGGUUGCAUUACAACAAGGCUGUACAAUCUUUUUACUAACAUUUUCCCCCGAGUUUCGUAAACUGUCUGUUACGUACAAUAUUGUGCGUAACUAUCGAGUCCGUUGUUUUUUUACAUUUUUUCAUUGAGUUGCGACUGCAAAAUAACCCGCCAUGGGGCCAAAGAAAGUCACGAGCGGUGAUAACGCUAUUGAAUUCAAGAAAGAACUCAUCGUCGAGUACGAAGUUGGCAUCCGCCUCCCCUCCUACCUCUCUGCUUGUCAUCAACAACAAGAUCAAGGUAAAAGUGAUUAUUUUAUCCAUUGAAUUCCUCAUGUAUUUUUGUUCAUAUUGAGCAUAUAUUGACCUACAUUGCAUUGCUGUUGCUAUGUUUAUACCUUGAAUCAAGAAAAGUAAUUUUGGUAAUUCUAAAAGUUCCCCAGUGACAUUUAACAUGCGGCUGUGUUGUCGUUGUUGAGUAAUGUUUUGGAGGCCGUACCAGGAAGAAGUGAAGUGAAAAUCAAAGCCCUGAGGCUGAAGAUCUACCAGGAGAGUCCUGACAAGGAAGUGGGUGCAAAUUAGCACUUCUUUUUUUUUUUUUUUUCCUUUUAGUGCUCUGCAGCUACUUCCUCCUAUGAGUAAUAAGCUUCAGAAUGACGGCUGCAUUGCUCACAGCGGCGAGGCACAGCGAGACGCUCGGACGCUCUACUAUUUUACCAUCGUCCUGCUGCUUCCAUAGACUGACUGCCAUGGAGAUGCUGAUGAAGCAAGCAUAAGAAGACAAGGUCCCUAGAGAGAGACAAAAAAAAAAGGAACCCACCCGGAUCCAAAGAACUCUGUGAUCUGUCAUGGAGCAGCGACAGCAACACGCCAAAGUGGAGCGUUUUCUCAAGCUGGGCUACGCCCACAAGGACAUUAUGAGGGUGCUGGAUAGCCUCCACCAUGACGCCCAGACCAACGACAUCCUAGAAGAACUCAUAAAGACCUGCCACAUUCGUAGCGACAAGAGCGGCCCAAGCGGUGCAAAACUGGUCCCAAGGGGCGGCAGCCCCGGGCCUAUUGCACCGGUAGCGGACAAAGAGCCUGCUUCCUGUUUCAGACCGGUCGUCAUAGACGGGAGCAACGUGGCCAUGAGCCACGGCGACAAGAAGGUGUUUUCCUGCCAGGGCAUCCAGAUGGCCGUGAACUGGUUCUGGGAUAAAGGUCUGCGAAACAUCACCGUGUUCAUUCCCCUGUGGAGGAAGGAGCAGCCGAGGCCUGAAGCGCCCAUUACAGACCAACACAUUCUACACGAGCUGGAGAGGAGGAAUAUCCUGGUGUACACGCCCUCACGCUGCGUGAACGGCAAGAGGGUGGUGUGCUACGACGACCGCUUUAUCGUGAGGUUGGCUUUCGACUCGGACGGCAUCAUCGUGUCCAACGACAACUACCGUGACCUUCAGACAGAGAACCCACAGUGGAAGAAAUUCAUCGAGGAGAGGCUGCUGAUGUACACCUUCGUCAGUGACAAGUUCAUGCCUCCAGAUGAUCCUCUGGGUCGAAACGGUCCCACCAUUGAUGAUUUCCUGCUGAAGAAGCCAAAGAAUGUGGACAACAAACUUCAACACUGUCCUUACGGGUACAAGUGUACUUAUGGAGUGAAAUGCAAGUUCUACCACCCAGAAAGGACCAACCAAUCACAGCUGUCCGUGGCCGAUGAGCUCCGGGCGCAAAUCGACAGAGCAAAGACAUCGAGCCUCACAGCAAGCAAGCAGGAGACGCAUGGCGUUCACCAGCCGGAGCACGUGUCCAACCCCCCUGAGCAGACUCCACACGGCGAACACUUCAUCUAUCACAGCAGUCGCCUGGGGCAGCCUGGCCUCCGCCCCUCCACAAGCCUGGAUACGGAUGAAGCCUUCGGCUCCAUGGACAGCAGCAUGUCCAAACUCCACAUCCAGACGGAGCCCUACAGCUACAGCAGCGGGGUAGCCAGCUACUACAGCCUCAGCCACAAUGGAUACUCCCCCCCGGGGUCGCACUGCAGGGGCGCCUACUACCAUUCCAAUCCGUUCAUGUACGGAUCCGCGUGCGCCCACUGCACAUGUGCUCACCAGCAGGCCGAGGCGCCCGCGGCUGCCCACCACCCGCCGUGGUCCUCCUGUCCAGUCAUGCCCCCCCAUCACGUAGAGCCCCCUUCUCACUUUGCAGACAAACCCCACUUAAGGCACAGCCACAGCCUGCCUAGAGACCCGCACGUGCCCGGUGACCCCGGUGACACAAGAGAGCGACGCAGGGACAUGAGGGGCCAGCUGAGCACACUCUACCCCAAGGACACCGUGGACAGCGUCAUGAAUGCCUACCCGCACGUGUCAGACAUGUCGGAACUGAUGUCACUCAUCAACAACUACAGGAGCAACCACAUUAGCUUCUAAAUGACUUUACAAGAAAAUAGUGAAGAAAAACACAGUGGAACCGCUAAGACACCAAACUUCAUUGGCUUCAGUCACCAUCCUUCAUUACUAUUACUACUAUUAGCCAAAUAGGUAGUUGCUCGUGCUCGGGAAAACACUGCCCUCUAGCGUGUACCUAGAUAAUUGCAGAUCACCAGCAUUAAUCGUGAAGCUGUCAACGGCAUAUGCCACUACAAAGCUAAAUCCCGAUUCUUCGGCUUUUUCAAAGCAAUCUAACUAACACUGUUAAUUAUUUAUUUUACAAUUAAGCUAACUGCUAAAAAGAAAAACACACUGUGAACCGAAAAUGUCUGCCUUAGCGGUUUCACUGUUUUCAGGCAACUGUGAAUUGUUUUUGGGGACGAGUUCAUAUAAAAAAGACAUUUUAAAAAGACGUUUUAAAAAAUGCUGACCAAUCAUUUGUACAUUUGGAUGACUGAAAGAGCGCAAGAGUGACAAACACUGAGAAUGGCGUGCUCCAGACAUGUUACUUCCUGUAGCUUUUCAAAUUAAAAGCCUCAAAGUGAGGAUUACAUGGCAGCUUUCAUGAAUUACGUGGUCACUUCAUUGGUUGUUCACCACAAACCGCACUAACAAAUGCGCGUAACAAAACCCACGACCAAAGGAUGCGAGGAAUUUUGUUAGUAUACACGAGACGAUAAUAUUGACAUCAAUACCGGAAGCGUGUCUUCUUCUGGUCGUAUUCUGUAUUACAGUCAGUUUGAUGGCACUUGACUGUCAUACCAUAAAUGUACUUAAAAACUGAAAAAAUAACAUGAUUUCACAAUAAUUGAAAGUGACAUGUACCGAGUGUCUUAUUUUAAGGCCAAUUUGUGACAUGUUUUUAAAUACUAAUGUGUUCACAAACGAUACAUACUGUUACAUUGUUUAUGGUAAUUUCUCAUUUGAAAAUAAAGUUUAAAUAAAGUUUUGAAUGCACUUUUAGCUAAUUUCCGUAUCCCAGGCAAUAUUUUCCUGUUUUCUCCGAAUUGAACUAUAGUAAAGAGUUGAAUUUGAACAUUUUAAUGUACAAUUGUCUAAUGGCUUUCAAGCCCCAAAAAAUCAGGUUUAGGAAAUGAGCUAGCUUACCUGACACAGGCGCCAUUUUGGGUUGAAAUUGUCAUCGACUGCCACCUGGUGGACAAAACAUCACACACGCAAAUCCACUAUUUCCCCAAAAUCUGAAAAGAUUUUAUUUUUUUAUUAUUAUUUUUACAAAUAACUUAUCUGUUACAAAGAGUUUCCCAGAUAAAACCAAAGACUUGUUUUUUUUUUUUUUAGAUAUUGAAAUGUUUUUUCCACCAUGUAAUAAAACACAUAAAUUGCCUCUUCACACCAAGGUGCAGAUAAAAGCUGAAAACUGUUUUUCUUUGGGCUGAAAAAAGGGGGAAGGUUUGGCAUUAAGUGCUUUAGAGAUAUGAUUUGCUCUUCUACUUCUCUCUGUCUCUGGAUUUGACUAUUAUGGUAAUAAAACCUGCAAAUACUGUAGGUUCAAAUAUACCAA